CUUCGCUAUGUUUCCGGUUUCGGAGGAAGCAUGUGAAGUUUACUUUUGUUUAACUACCUUUUGUUCAACGAUGAAGGGAUCUGAGACUUGUAAUACUGUUUACUGAUUUGAUAAUAUUCCUUGUUUCUUUGAUGGUUCAUUCCACUAUACAGCUGGUUCAUAUACCCUACAACAGCCAGGAAAUUGGUCUGUUUACUUUAAGAUCCAAAGAAAAUGUAACAUAUUUUGGAUGUGCUUUGAGGAAUCAGGAAGGCAAGUGUUUCCUCUUGUUUAUGAACCAACUCAGUUGGUUAAGGGGCAGACAACUUGUGAGCAUGGUACAUCAUUACCUGUAUUGGUAUUCCAUUUUGACAAUGCUGCUAGCUAGAAUAGAAAUAACAUCUUGCUGUGGAUAUCACAGAUCGAUUGAAUAUUCAACAAUGAUCACAGACCAUGCAAAGUUUGAAUCUGACUUGCACUUUUGAAUUUAGAAGAAUCUGUGGAGGAGGGUGAAUGCUGAGACCUUUAAUAAUACAUGAUAUUGCUGACACAGUGUGUCAGUCAUCAAAGAAAGGUCAUAACACUACACAGUUGGUCAACAAUGAUUUAAAUCCUGUCACAUUCUACCAGUGGAGAAAUAUCUUAUCACAAUAUUUUAAACUUUUGAAGUCGAUAGCCAAGUAUUACCACUUUAUUAUGUCUGCAGAAACACCUGGAUUGUUAGUGUUAAAAGUGACAGUCCAGUUAACUUACUAAAAUCUACUCCCCCUUGCCAAACGAAUAUUAUUGACAUGGAAUGACACAAGCCUGACAAUGGUACCUGUAUGAACUCAUAAGAGAAUAGUAUUAGUCUGAAAAGUCAAAGGAUUCUGUUUGUCCCAAACCACUUCAACUGAAAACUGAAAUUGUGAUUGGCGAGGAUUUUUCUGAGAACUGAAAAAAGGAAGUGAAUGUAAAAGAUAGAAAUUGUUGUUGAAUUCAAACGUUUUAAUACACAACACUUUAGCCUGUUUUGCUGUUCAUAUAGAUGUGUUUAGCUGUGAAAGUUAAACAUCAAGUAAAGGUUGUAGUUUCAGUUACCUACAUUAAAGUAUUGGCUGGAAAUAAAUAUUACUUUUCACCAGAGCUUGUAGCAGUGUAACCUUCAUCAAAAGUUAAGCUGUUGUGUUAAUUAUUAAAGUAUUUUUAGAAAAAGGAAUUUAGUAUGUAUGUUGCCAUGGUAACAUAAUUCAAAUUAUAUUUCAUUGAAAUUAUUCAAUAAGGGAUCUACAGUAUACAAUGUAAUGGUAAAAGAAUGUUCACUUUCUUGUAUUGUCAGUUAUAACUAGCCAGUGAAAAAACAGAUUAUGAGGAAAGGGAUGACUGAAAUGUUUAUUCUUACAUAACUACUUUUGUUACAGAACAUGGCUGUUUUAAGGAGGUAGGUUACCUUGUUACAAGGGUAAAUUCAAAUUAGUUGAACCGCAGCAUUCUUUUGUAUUUCGUGUAAUAUGAAGUUUUAACUGCUACAAUCUCAAUUUCGUUUGUCUCUGUCCCUUCAAGUUCAAUUUUUAUCCAGGUUUGAAGAACAUGACCCU